GACCGAUCCAAGAUGGAGGACAAGGUUGUAAACAUUGCCAGAAAUAUCGUAGAAAACAAAGUUCUCCCACAACGGCCUCCUUCCAGCAACAAAAGAGGGCGUCAUGAAGUCUGUGCUUACACAAAGGAACUUUCUAAUACAACCAAAAAUUAUAAACAUCCCCCAAGUCAGAUUCAUGCUUCAAGUACCAAAACGAACACUCCAAAGAAAACAAACAGGGUUCAAAGUGCAAAAGCCAGAAUGGUUACAACUACGGCAGAAAAAGACACCCAACAACUAGCGCUCAUCAUCAAUACACGGGAUCGCCCUAAAUCUGCAGCAUCAGUUCCAGCUUUGGAUCUCUCUAAUCUAGUCAUUAAUGAAAAACAAACCAAAGACAAAGUUAAACAAACUUUACGUUUAAAAAACAAUUAUACAGAUAUUCAGUCAUUUGGUAAUGCGUUAAAACCUUCUGUAUCAGGCUACAAUGCUAAUGAUGAAUGGUGUUAUGAUGAUGAAACAUUCAGAGACACUAAGGAGUUCUGUCCUUUCAAACUUACUGAGAAAGAUCCAGAUUACAUGUAUGUACCUGAUGACUCCUAUAGCGAUCAAGGAUAUGAAGAUAACUUUGACAUUAAAAUGCCAAGUACCUUACGACCUCUCGCUCCCUGGCUGACGGAGAACAUCCCUCCAGAGUGGACUGGUCUUGCCCCUGCUGGCUGUCUUAUGUUCCUACCCUCUCUCGCCAGUCAGAUGACAGAUCUACCCAUUGUGCCACCCCCUGUCAUGGAUUCUGAUGCGGAGCUCCCAUACAUUGAAAAAAUUGUACAACCAGAGCCAUGGGCACCGAAGAAAUAUGACCAUCCCUUUCAUUCAAGAAAGACCAAGGACUGGGUGUGCAAACAUAGAAAACAUAAACGAGUAAAAAUAUUCACAGAAGAUGGCAGAUUAUUGCAUGAAAAACAAGUUGAAGGUCGUACAGCUAAUGUGGUGAGACGUGAAAUCCUAGAGCUGGAAAAUCUCCUAAAGGGUAUAGGGGAUGCCAACAGUAACUGCAGCAUAGUCCAGUACCAGGCAGAGAUAACUAGACUGAAACACAUGGCGGAUGACACUCUUGCGAAUGUUCCUAAUAGACAUGUGGAUGAACCCGAAGAGGAAAUUACUGAUUAUUGUGGUCUGAGGGAGUAUUACAAACAUCAUGAUGAAGUGAUGAAGCAGAUCAGAAAAGAACAUGAACAAUGUCUAGAAGAACUAGCAGUACUAGAAGCUGAUAUUAUUGAAGAUGUAAAUGAAAGACAUUUCUCAAAAUGACACCUGGAAUUUAGAGCCUGAAUAGUUGCUUAUGUAUUAUGGCAAGCUCAUGGUGAAGAAUUAAUUGUAAAUCUGAGGAUUGGCCAUCGAUUGGUCAUUUUAUAUUAAACUAAUUUGCAAUGUUAAAACAGUUCACAUGAACAUGGAGCAAGAAAUGGCACCCAGGGUUCCAUCUGGAUAUUCUGCCAUAUGGAGUCAUGUCGUGAUUACAAAAUUCAAAAUUAAAAGCUAUCAUAUUUUCACUUCAAUCAAUCAAGGAGCCAAUGUUUAACUGUAACAAAUAUGAAAGGUUGAGCUUUUUUAAAUUAAAAUUGGAAAUUUUGAACAAAUUUCUUAAUUUUUGCUAUUUUUGCUAUCCCUGAUGCUUUAACAAUUGAGAAUUUGGAUCUUAUUCUUGUAAGAUAAGAAGUAGACAUCACUGCCAAAAGUGGUGUCAAUAACAUGAUAAAAAAUUUAAUUUUUGAAGAAUAUUUUUUUGAAAUUUUUCUGAACAGUCUGACAAACUAUUUGAUUGAUACAUUCAUACCCAUUCUUAACCCUUAGUCUAUUUGAUUUGCAAGGCUAACAUGAGAGUUCACAGUAAAAUAUGAAAAAGUUAUUGGAGC